CUGGACAAGAACCUCAACGUCGUUCGUUCCGUCCAGAACCGCCCGCUGACCCUGGCCGACAAGAUUCUGCUAAGCCAUCUUGAUGACCCGGCCACCACCGGCAUGGUACGUGGCCAGACGUACGUGCAGCUCCGACCGGAUCGCGUGAUACUGCAGGACGUGCUUGGCCAAACCGCGAUGCUGCAGUUCAUGCAGACCCGCCGCACUACCACUGCAGUGCCGACGUCGGUUCACUGUGACCACCUGAUCCAAGCCCGCGUUGAGGGUUCCCUCGACCUGACCGAGUCCUUGGCAGAAAACGACGAAGUCUACAAUUUCCUGCGGACUGCCUCAGCCAAGUACGGUGUCGGAUUCUGGUCGCCGGGCGCGGGAAUAAUCCACCAAGUCGCCUUUGAGAAUUACGCCUAUCCUGGCGAAAUGAUGCUGGGCACCGAUUCCCACACGCCGAUGGGCGGCGGCCUCGGCUCCAUCUCCGUUGGCGUGGGCGGGGCCGAUGCCGUUGAGGUUAUGGCCGGACUGCCGUGGGAGGUGCUGUAUCCUCGCUUUAUUGGUGUGCGCCUUACAGGAAAGAUGAGCGGCUGGACUGCCCCGAAGGAUGUGAUCCUCUACCUCGCCGGAGAGCUCAGCGUGUCCGGCGGAACAAACGCGAUAAUCGAGUACUUCGGCCCGGGCGCGGCAUCCAUCAGCGCCACCGGCAAGGCCACCAUCACCAACAUGGGGGCCGAACUGGGCGCCACCACCUCAGUGUUCCCGUACGACGAGCGAAUGGCGCGCUACCUGCGCUCCACCCGGCGCGGGGACCUUGCUGAACUGGCUGACAAAUAUCGGCAUCUGUUGACCGCCGACUCGGAAUGCGAGGCCAACCCUGAUCAGUAUUACGACCGGAUCGUGGAGAUCAAUCUGUCAGAGUUGGAACCUCACUUGGUGGGGCCCCACUCGCCUGACCGGGCCCGGCCCAUAUCCCAGAUGGCGGCAGAGCUGAAGGAAGACGCCGGACUCGUUGACUCAAUUUCGGCGGCCCUGAUCGGAAGUUGCACCAACUCGUCCUACGAGGACAUGAGCCGUUCUGCGGACGUUGCCGAGCAAGCCAAGGCCAGGGGAUUGAAGUCCGCGGUUCCAUUUAUGGUCACCCCCGGCUCGGAGCAGGUCCGGGCAACCAUCGAACGCGACGGCCAGAUGCGGUCGCUAACCGACAUCGACGCCACGGUGCUGGCCAACGCCUGUGGCCCAUGCAUCGGCCAGUGGCGCCGUGCCGGCGAGUCGGUGGGGAAUCCAAACACGAUUGUCACGUCCUACAACCGAAACUUCCCGGCCCGAAACGACGGCCAACCCUCAACCAUGAACCUGAUCGGCAGCCCGGAGAUCGUGACGGCUUUGGCCAUUGGCGGUCGGUUGUCCUUCAACCCACUGACCGACACCCUGACCGCUGCAGACGGCUCUGAGUUCCGCCUUGACCCACCCGCCGAGGCACCGGAGGUUCCGCCUGCUGAUUUUGAGGAGGGCCGUUCCUUUUAUCAGGCCCCGCCGGACGACGGCAGUGCUAUCGAACUGACUGUAUCCCCGGACAGCGAGCGCAUUCAGCUGCUGGAGCCGUGGCCAGCCUGGGACGGUAACGACUUCACCGAUAUGCCUGCGCUACUGAAGGCCAAGGGCAAGACCACCACCGAUAGCAUCUCGCCCGCAGGUGUGUGGCUGCGGUUCCGAGGCCACUUGGACCGGUUCAGCGAUAACAUGUUCAUGGGCGCCAUCAAUGCCUACACCGACGAGGCCGGCAAAGGACUGAAUGUCGUGACAGGCGAGACGGGCCAGGGCUUCUCCAGGAUAGCCCGCAACUACAAGGCCCAGGGCGUGAAGUGGGUGGCCAUUGGCGACUUCAACUACGGCGAGGGCAGCAGCCGAGAGCAUGCCGCCCUGUCUCCCCGCCUGCUGGGUGGAGCAGCGGUCAUCGCUCGCAGCUUCGCACGCAUUCACGAGAGCAACCUGAAGAAGCAGGGUCUGCUGGCGCUGACCUUCACUGACCCCGAUGACUAUGAGCUGAACAGUGAGCCGGACUUCCCAAAGGUCUAUGGCGCGUUCGACAGCCCUCGCGAGGAAUGCGGGGUAAUAGCUGUAUACUCCCCUGACGAAUCUGCAAGCCGCCUCACCUUCUUCGGCCUCUUCGCUCUCCAGCACCGCGGACAGGAAAGCGCGGGCAUCGCCUCCAACACCGGCGACGGCAUCGCGGUGCAUGCCGAAAUGGGCUUAGUUUCGCAAGUUUUUCGGGAGGCGGACUUCGCGCCUCUAUCCGGAGAACUGGCCAUCGGCCACACUCGAUAUUCCACCACCGGCAGCAGCGAGUUGUGCAAUGCGCAGCCCCUCGUAGUGGACGGACCGGCCGGUACAUUGGCGCUUGCCAACAACGGCAACAUCAUCAAUGCCCUGCAGUUGAAAGAGCAACUCGAGGAUGAACGCGGCUGUUCAUUCGUCUCGACCACCGAUACCGAAGUAAUCGCCAAUAUGGCGGUGAAUGCAGCGGGCACAAGCUGGGAGGAACGUAUCUUCCAGUGCAUGCGCCGCCUCGAGGGGGCAUUCUCUCUCGUCGGACUUACCAGCGACAGCGUGAUCGCCGCCAGAGACCCAUUGGGCAUCCGUCCCCUCUGCCUGGGAAAGCGUGGGGAUGGCUGGAUCGUCGCUUCCGAGAGCUGUGCCCUCGACAACCUGGGGGCGGAGUUCGUUCGCGAGAUCGAACCCGGCGAAGUCGUGGUGAUUGACGCCGAUGGACUUCGGUCAGCCAUCUGGCCUGGAGUGCGGGAGGGCAAGAGCCGCGCCCUCUGUGUUUUCGAACUCAUCUAUUUCUCCCGGCCAGACAGCUCCUUAGACGGCCACCUGGUGCAUUCCAGGAGGCAGGAAAUGGGCGCCGAAUUGGCACGGGAGCACCCAGUCGAUGCAGACCUGGUCAUCGGUAUCCCCGAUUCGUCCACUGCGGCGGCUGUGGGCUAUGCCCUGGAGUCAGGCAUUCCCUUCACCGAGGGACUCAUCAAGAACCGCUACGUGGGCCGCACUUUUAUCGAGCCGGAACAGAGGCUGCGCGACCUGGGAGUACGUCAAAAGUUCAACACUUUGGGCGAGGUCAUCAAGGGCAGGCGCAUCGUGGUGGUAGACGAUAGCAUCGUCCGCGGCACCACGACACCUCACGUCGUGAAUCUGCUGAGAAAGGCAGGGGCCGCGGAGGUUCACAUGCGGGUCUGCGCGCCGCCCAUCCGCCAUCCCUGCUUCAUGGGCGUGGACAUGGCGUCUCGCCGGGAGCUGCUGGCGGCCAAUAACACAGUGCCGGAGAUACAACAGAUCAUAGGCGCAGACAGCCUGGGGUACCUGAGCGUUAAAGGCCUGAUGAAGGUGGUCGGCGGCCAAGAGGGCGGAUUCUGCGAUGCCUGCUUCACGGGAAACUAUCCGGUGCCGGUGCAGUUGGACUUGGACAAAUUGACCUUGGAGAAAUCUCGCCACUAG